AUGCGUUUGCUUCUCCUUGCUGCAGCGCUGGCCUUUACAGCCAACGCCUACCACCGACCAAGCAGCCCGGCCCGUGAUGCCUUCCGCGCAGCCGACCCAGGCAAUACCACACAAGGCCUAGGCACUCUUGGACACUUUGACCAGCUAAUUGACCACUCCAAUCCAUCUCUUGGCACCUUCAAGCAGCGCUACUGGUGGAACAUUGAUCACUACGGCGGCCCACACUCGCCCAUCAUGCUCGAGUCCCCUGGUGAAUUCCCAAAGCCAUAUGGCCAAAUAGACGGCAUGGAUAACCACACGCUACCUGGUCUACUUGCGCAAGACAACGCCGCGGCAUACAUCACCAUUGAGCACCGCUACUAUGGCGACAGCAUGCCCUUCGGAAACAAGACGCUCAACGCCGAGACCCUGCAGCAAAUGACUCUUGAUAAUGCCAUCCAGGACCUUGUAUACUUUGCAAAGAAUGUGGUCUUCCCUUUUGACAAGACAAACGGCACUGCUACGAAACCUGACCAGGCGCCUUGGCUACUGGCCGGCUGCUCGUAUGCUGGUGCCCUUGCUGCUUGGACACAGGCUCUUGCACCAGGGACCUUUUGGGCGUACGAGGCCGGUAGUGCGGUCGUUGAGACGCGGGAGCAGUUCUGGGAAUACUAUGUGCCGAUUAAGAAUGCCAUGCCGCCAAACUGCUCUGCUGAUUUCCAGCGCGUUGUCAAGCAUGUCGACGAUGUCCUGCUGCAUGGCACCGAGACGUACAAGGCCGCUCUUAAGAGACGGUUUAGCGCGGACGGCGCCUCUGACCAGGAUUUUGUCACUGGUUUCGUCUUGGGCCCGCUGUCGGCUCAGCAGAAUCAGCAGGUGUCUAGCAAGACUAGUGCUUUGACUUUUCUAUGUGAUUACCUGGAGAACCAACAACCAGAACAUUAUGUGCCCAUGCCCGGCUCUGACGGUGUUGGUCUCGACCGAGCACUCGAUGGCUUCCAAAGGCUGUAUGGCGGACACCCGCCUGGCGACAACCUCACCAGCUCAAGCCUCGAUAGUCGUGUGAAGGAGCUGCUGCCGUCUACCGAGUUUAUUGCUAGGUAUAGGAACCCGUUUGACUGGAUGCUUUGCAACGAGCCAUUUGAGUGGUGGCAGUCAUGGAGCCGCCUUGACACUACGGGCUUUCUCUCCAAGCUUUGGACAUGGCAGGAUGACAUUGCGUCUCGAUGCGAGGGCCAGUAUCCCGACACCAACGGGUUCCAGUACGGCCUCAAGAAGGGCCACACGUACCACGAGGUGAACAAGCGCACCGGCGGCUGGCGCAACGUCAACACUACUCGGCUUGUCUGGAUCAAUGGCGAGUUUGACCCGUGGAAAGCGGCUACUGUUUCGUGGGAUGGGCGUCCUGGGGGUGCUCUGCAGAGCACACCCGAGGUUCCCGUGUACGUUUUCAAGAAUGCUGGGCACUGCAACGACUAUAUUACCGCAAACGCGGAUACUGUAGAGGGCAAGCACAUCUUUGAUGCUACUCGCGGGCACUUUCGCCAGUGGGUUGCCGAGUUUUACAAGGAGCAUCCGCAUGCUGCCCUGUAGUAACUUGGACGAAGUUAAAUACUGUGUGUACUCUUUCCAGUACAAACCCCG